AUGUCUUCGGGAGGAGAAUUUGAGUUCCAUGUGUUGAUUUUGACUUCCUCAUUUGGGCUUGGUGUUGAUUCUGGCGACCUGCAAAGAUUUUGGCACCUGGUUCCCUCAACUUCUUCAAUUCCCCUAAGAAGCUUAAAGCUAAAAUUAGAGUUGAGGAGAUCUUUGCCAUUAGUGCUCCUAGUGAAGGUGAUGGGGAAGGGGAUAAUGCCAUUCGCAGUAGGUGAAUGUCUAGUAGUUCAAGCAGUUCUAGUAAUCAUUUUGAUUAUUAUCAAGUGGUCAUUCACCUACAAGUUGCUCCCAUUUACACUUCAUUGA